AUGGCAUCGAAAAAGCUGCGGCCAUACUUUUUGACAUAUUCAAUUGUGGUCUACACGGACCAACCCCCGAAGAAGCCAUUUAUAACUCUAGAGGCAAGUGGCCGUAUGCUGAAGUGGGCCUUGGAAAUGAGAGGCUUUGACAUCACGUUUGAGCCAAGAAAAGAAAUCAAGGGGCAGGCCUUUGCUGAUUUUUUAGCUGAGAUGACUCGGCCGGAUCUACAACCGGCCGGAGACCAGGUCUGGAAGGUGUUCGUGGAUGGUAGUGCAACAGCUACCGGGUGUGGUGCAGGAUAUUAUGUCCUGGACGAUCUUCACCAGGGGCAGUGCGACUCUCAUAUUGGAGGACGAGCCUUGGCUGAAAAGGCUGCUCAUCUGGGCUACUACUGGCCGAGCUUAAAGUCGGACGCCAUGAAAAUGGUAAAGAAAUGUGACAAGUGCCAGAGAUUUGCAACCUUGAUCCACCGCCCCGCCAACAGUCUGUCGGCCAUCAGUAGUCCGCUCCCUUUUUCCAAAUGGGGAAUGGAUAUUUUAGGACCGUACACACCAGCAUCUAGUCAAAGGUGUUAUGUGUUUGUAGCAGUAGAAUACUUCACAAAGUGGGUGGAGGCUGAGGCUGUACGGGGCAUCAAGUGGACGGAUGUUUCAGACUUCAUAUGGAAGAGUAUCAUUACACGCUUUGGCGUACCUCAGUCUAUGGUGUUUGACAACGGACCUCAGUUUGAAACGCCUCAACUUAAAGGAUGGUUGGAGGACCAAGGCAUAGCUCAUUGCUUUUCUUCAGUCGGCCGACCACAAGCCAAUGGCCAAGUAGAGGCAUACAAUAAGUUGAUCUCCAAUGGAAUUAAGCGCGAGCUUAAAAGGGCAGGCGGCUUAUGGGCUGAUGAGUUGGUUAAUGUGUUAUGGUCCAUACGAACCAUGGCCAAGAGCUCCACAGGAGAAACUCCAUUCUUCUUGUUCUAUGGCGCCGAGGUUGUCCUCCCAAUUGAGAUGUAUGAGUCCACCCUUAGGGUGAUGCUAUAUGAUGAAGCGGCUAAUUAG